UCUUUUUCUUUUUUUUUUUUUUUUUUUUUUUUUUUUUUUUUGCGUAACAGGACGAGCGAUCAUCCGCGGCGCUGCAUCGGAGCUUUCAUGGCCGCGACUCUCACGAUGAGCAGCGGCGGCGGCGGGCAGGAGGAUCCCUUCUAUCCGCUGCAGAAGGCGCCUCUGCCCGCUGGUUUCCCUCUGGAGGAGUCGGCGUUGUUCGGCUUGGACUGCAAGAUCACAGAAACAGACAAGGCUGGACAAAAUGACUACACACAGGCAAAGUGUGAGAUGGACCGGUAUCUCUCCCCUCAGCCUCUUCCCCUUCCACCUGCUGCGGACAGCCAACAGAAGUCCCACAGAGAGUCUGCGGUGGAUCAGUUCUUCACUGACGACCACACCGGGGCUCCUUACACCCUCAACAUGAAUCUUUACCUCCCCGACGUCGCCUACCUGAGGAUGGGCUUGUGUCAGCAGGCGCGGCCCCCUCAGCACCAGAACCACACAGGUCUCAUCCAAGUCAAGACAGAACCUGCCGCACCAUGUUUCUCCCCUAACCUCCAGCAGCACUGCCCCAACACUACACCCACGAGUAGCUGUGGCACCUCCGGGCAUGCCUGUGGCGGUAUUGCCAUGGAAACCUCAACCAUAAACAUGACGUUAGCAGGGUUACCGGACUUCACCAGUGUUUUCAACCAGUCGGGAGGCGGUCGAGAUUCAUUGCCAGAAGUCUUUGUCAAACAGGAAAUGUCAUCACAGUUCGAGCAGCAUGGUCUACACCACCAUGACAACAGCGGCUCACUGUUUCAGCUCCUAAACUCCGGCUUGGACCAUCACCAUGGCAAUGGUAUGGACGCCCAGCAUCAGCAUCAUCACCAUCAUCAUCAGCAACAGCAGAUACAGCACACUUCCACUUCCACAAUCCACACACCCUUCCACGAUUUGCCAGUAGACUCGUCUGCGUCUCAGCAAGAUCAGACUGCUAAGCCUGUGUACUGUGGUCUGGGUGGUGGGGCGUACACACAUCCUCACGCUCAGUCACACCCACACUUCCUCCCGCAGCCCUACCUGCCGCCCUCUCCGCCAAGCUCGCAGCCCGGUAGCCCUGACAGGCAGAAGGAGCUGCUCCAAACCAUGUCUCCUCCUCCCUCGUACGCAGCCACCAUCGCCUCCAAGCUAGCAGGCAGCACCCCUGGACUCGGCCCCGGCCCUGUAUCAGGCAGCUUAGCCCUUCCCCACACUUCAGGUCCCACGCCGCUCCAAGGCCAAGCCACAGGCCUUCCCCAAGCCCCGGCAACAACCCCAGCCCCAACCCCAUCUCAGACCACAGUGCCUGCCCGCUACAACCGGAGGAACAACCCAGACCUGGAGAAACGACGGAUCCACCACUGUGAUUAUCCAGGCUGCAAGAAGGUCUACACCAAGUCAUCUCAUCUGAAAGCCCACCUCAGGACUCACACGGGUGAGAAGCCGUACAGGUGCACAUGGGACAGCUGCGACUGGCGUUUCGCCCGCUCGGACGAGCUGACGCGUCACUACCGGAAGCACACGGGCGCCAAACCCUUCCAGUGCGCCGUCUGCUCACGCUCCUUUUCCCGAUCCGACCACCUCGCCCUGCACAUGAAGAGACACCAGAACUAGCAGCAGCCACACGGACGCAAACAUACACACAUGCACACACACACACACACACACUACAAACACACAAGCUAUCUUGCUCAACUAUCUCAACGACACACAUAAAGCACUCACUCCAUCUCCCGCAAUGUUACGAGCCGCCCGAUGCAGAGAGGCGGCUCCCACUGACACCACGGCUCCUCCCGGUGCUGCUAUCACGUGCUCAGAUGGUACAAUAGCCUAACAAACGUGUUGCUCUUAAGCCAGAGUGGAACAAUUUGGAGGUUGUAAAGUAGAAACAUAAAGGCCAGAUGAAGCUCCUGGUCCUUUAACCUCCAGAUAUACUCGGUAUAGACUUGCUUUCUUUGAGAAAAAACAAAGAAGAAAAAUAACAAAAAGAAAACGGUAGCUCCAAAAAUGUGUUUCUAGUCCGUUUGGACUCUUUUGUGUGACUGGAAUGAAAGCACUUACCACUCAAAACUUGUACAUCUUUUUGUCUCUGUUCUAACAGAACUGGCUUCAUUAUUAUUAUUAUUUUUUUUUAUAAAGGAGAAGCUUUUGUUUGCAAAACUAGUCAAGCCAAAUCUUUGUUUACUCCUUGGUUUGUUAGUUUGUUUAUAUAACUGGAAUAUCCAGAUAUGAGGUUUUUUUUUUUUUUUUUUUUUUACCAAAUCCUUUGGUUUGCACUAGAAUUGGUAAUCUUGUCUGAGCCUCUUUGGCCCAAUGCAUCUUAUUCACCACUGGAACGAUUGUUAUCACUACUGGACUGAAUUUCUGUGAACACCACACAAAUCAUUGCUGUUCAGAUAUUAAAAAUUGAAGGCAUUUAUACUCUGGAGAGAGGGGAGAUAGUGCAGGAAAAAAAAAAGGGAGGGAAGGAAGGAGGGGUGGAGAUAGAGAGAUAGAAAGAUUUUUGAUUUUAGAGAGAGGAGGACGACUGAGAAACAGAGGUGGACGGUUGCUAAAGAGCAGCAAUUAGGUGAUUAAUUAUUCAGUUUGUCUUUCAGUGGAUUUCCAACUAGAGAAACGUAAGCAGAAGCUUUAGACGUAUGUUAGAUUUAAAACAGAAAUGACUGCAUUUAAUGCAGGUUAAGCGUCUUCAAACUACAAUUUCUGUGCAUCUGUCUCAUCCAGUUUUCUUUCAAAUUUUGAACCAUGCAUCAUCUCCAUCACCAACACCUUAUUAAGUGCCUCCUUCUCUGGUUUAUGUGACAGUCCUUUAAACACACAUGGUGCUGUUUUUAUGUUUGAAUCUAUUUAAUCUCUUGAUUCUUGUAAAUGACAAGGUUACCCAUCAUCCAUUGUAACAGCUCUGCUCAGGCCACUUCGCGGACAUCCUGACAUCAUCUUUUUUUUUU